AGGAAAUGCAGGAGAAGAAGAGAAUGAAGAGGAUGAAGAGGACAAGCAAGGGGAAGGGAAAAUAUAUGUGAGGAAAUCAAAAAGGGUCAUAAGCAAGGGCAAGGCUCUUAGGUCUCCAUUUCUGGAAAUCAAAACUAAGCCUGGGAAAAAGAGAACAAUGGAUGAUAGGCAAGCUUUAUUUGACAUGUGUACAGCAAGGUGUGCUGAAGAGGACCAAAAGCAAUACUUUGUAUCGAUGUAUAGAUACUUUCUAACCCGUGGUGAGCUGCAAUGUCUCCAACGUAGAAGAUGGAUAAACGAUAGGUUUAUGACUAUGGUGGCAAGGACAUUUGUUGGAGAUCAAAAGGAUAAAGAGGGGAGAGUGAACCGGCAUAUAUUUUCUGCAGAUUUCAUGCAAAAGAUGGUAGCCAAUCCUUUAAGAUGGAAAUGGGAGGACCAUGAAAGGGAAAUAUUACCUAAAUAUAUUGGGUACAAUAUAGGGGAUUGCGAUUUCCUUUUCGGUCCUACGUUAUUUGAAAAUCAUUGGUUUUGUUAUGUGUUGGAGACAAAGACCAUGACCUUCUAUGCCCUUGACUCCUUGGUUGAUAGCAUCACAUUCUUAAGAUUACAAGUAGAGGAAGAAGCAGCAAAGAAGAAGGGGAUGGAUGCUCUGUUAGUUGUUAGUGGAUGCUGUUUUUUGUUACUGGAUGCUUUGUCCCUUGUCACUGGAUGCUGUAUGAACUAUUUCCAUACGAUGUUGCGUGCUGUUAAGCCAGAAUUGUUUGCCAAUGAGGACAACAUUGGCAACGAAGUGACAUGGGCUAAAGUUUAUGUGCAGAAUGAGACUGAUUCAUGUGGAGUUCAUGUCCUCUCUUGGCUACAAGAGUGGGAUGGCACUGCUCGUGAUGCUGCAGGAUAUACCAUGCCACGAUACUCCAAUGAUGAAUUGCAAGAGUUGAAGGUUGGCUGUUUGUGGUGGUUGGUUACCCAUCCCCAUAAUGAACAUAGGGAUGAAGUGAUGUCACUGCUAUCGGACUAUAACAAGAGCAAGAGGAGGAGAUAG